CCCCCAAUCUCCCUCUGGAGUCUGCUUUCUGUCUUUCUUUCACCACCUCCGCCCCAGAGGGUGUUCUUCCUCCUUUACCCUUUCCCAUGUCCUCUUAAUUCUCUUAAUUUUGACAUCGCUAUCGACUGGAAUCUGUUCCUGGACACGAUUACCGUUUGAUCGCCAUUCGUUCGCUUCCCCCGUUCUCUAACUCACGUAAUCGCAACCAUAAUCACACCAUGGCGGAAGAACCUCAGGUCAUGUCUAUCCAGCAACGGAUCGCGGCGCUGAAACAGGCGCAAGCUGCUGGUCAAAGCGCAGGGACCGAGGCCAGCGAGCCGGUGCUUGUUCAGCCCACUCCAAUGCCCAUCCGGCCGGCUGCUCCCCCGCGACCCAAGACCUUCACCACCGCUACCAUUCCCAACGACAACACCAAUAACCAUGCUGCUGGCAGCAAUGGUUCGAUCUACAGUCAUUCGUCCACCUCCCUUAAUGUGGUUCCUCCCCGACCCGUCCCACGUCCCUCUACGGCACCAGCACCAGCACCUGCGAAAUACAAGACGCCCCCUCCUUUGCCAGCUCGCAAGCCCUCCGACCAGCAGCGCCCAGCUCUCCCGCCGCGCAGACCUACGCAGCCCUCUCGGAAAGGCUCUCUAGAGUCCAUGGCAUCGGAUAUAUCGAGAUCAACAACGACAAGUGCUGGACGCACAACAUCUACGUCGGCUACCUCAUUCGAUGCAGGCCCUGGGCGCUCCCUGCCCCCCGCAUGGGGAGAGGCUGACUUGCCCCCCUUGCCGCCGAAACGACAGCCGCAACCACCACCGCGGCCGUCGCUCAAGACUAAGAAGAGCAUUAGUAAAUUGUCCCCGCCUCGUCCGAGUUUGCCCCUGCGGCGCAAAUCGAGCCACAGCAACUACUCCGCGGAAAGCACAGAUUCUGAGCGGCCCCGGCUUCCUCCCCGGUUACCCUCUCGGAAUCCCAUCGACCACUCUCCCAGUAUCAACGAAGAGGAGGAGAGGAACCCACCACUACCGGCCCGGAGGCUUCCUCCGCCUAUGCCCUCGGACGCUACGCUUGGGAAACUCAAGCAAUCCGGGUUCGCCGCAAUUAACAAGAAUUUCGGUAACACCAAUGGAACAUCCUCCGAGCCCAGCGCCAAUGGGGUGCCUCCGCCUGUUCCGUUGGCCUCGCGACCGGAUCUUUCCAAGAUUCAAGCCACGAAACCUCGUAUGUAUGCGCCCAAUCCGCUAGCCGUGCCGCCGACCAUCGCUUGCUUGAAAUGCCGCGACUUCUCGGCCCCCGAUGCCCAUGCGGCUCAAUACCCACGCGAGUCUCUUCCGACCCACGAUUUGGGCUGGCUGGCGAGGGAGCUGACGGGCCCGUUCCCCUCGCUCACGGACAAAGCUCGAGUUAUCUUCACGUGGCUCCACCACAAUGUCAAGUAUGACACCGAGGCCUUCUUUAACAAUCGGGUAGAGGCGGCGACUCCAGCCCGCACGCUGGCAUCUGGGUUGGCGGUAUGUGCGGGGUACGCCGGGCUGUUUACUGCGCUUGCUACUGAAGCCGGCAUGGAGGCCAAGACCAUCUCUGGUCACGGCAAGGGUUAUGGGUUUCAGGAGCCUGUCCCCGGCUCUGCACUUCCUCCCGUCCGAGCUGGUCAUGCCUGGAACGUGGUCAGGAUUGACCAUGGGCAAUGGAAACUCGUCGACGCAUGCUGGGGCGCAGGGUUCAUCAACGGCCCGGGGCAGCCCUACGUUGCGAAGUUCAACCCAGCCAUGUUCACCAACACCAACGAUGAGAUGGGCUUGAGGCACUUCCCCACCGACCCCACCCAGUUCUAUCGGGAUGAUGGGCGUCCCGAGAUCAGCUGGGAGGAGUACCUCCUGGGGAACCCGGCGUCACCUCUGUGUGCUGAGCAGCCCGUGAUUUUCAAUGACGCCGACAAGCACGGCAUUGGAAGGCGCUCCUUCCUCCCGGCUGCCAAGCAGAUCUCCAUCCACCAGGGAGGCCCGAUGCGUUUCCAGUUUGGCCUGAUUUGCGAGCACUGGACCCUGGAGUAUCACACCCGGGCCCAGCCCGGGCUGUUCCUGCUGAUGACGCACGGGGUGGAUGGGCGCAAGAAGGAGAAUCUUUUGCUCACGCAUUUCCGGGGAGCGGGAGCCAACGGCGGGGGAGAUGUCUGGUAUGUGGACGUCCCGGAUGCCAGGAUGCUGGGAGCGCCGGGCCAGAAGCUGCAGUUGAUGGUGUUGACCAAGCUCGGGGAUCGGGAGGACGCGCGCGGGGUGACAGCGGAGGAAUAUCGGGCGCAGGUUGGUCGGGUGGCGACGAGCUAUGCCGGCAUCGCGCAGUGGGAGUUGGUGUGAGCCGGGGUCAGGCCGUUGGAUGGGCAGCCGGGUAAUUAGGGCUGGCUGCCCUGCAUGACCCGAGUAGAUUUCUUGAUUUCCGUGUUUGGCUCCCGUGCACCGCAGCAGACCAGGUCUGCUCCUGCCCCCGUAAUGAUAAUGACAUUGUUCGUAUAUACACGCACGUGAGAUUACUUGGAAUUGCAUUUGCCGUUGGCCCUUUUGCCAGAUUCAUCUUUCCCGGCGUGUUUCGCCAUCCACCGAAAUUUUUGGCCGAACGAGUAACGACUCCUUCGUUGAGUAAUGGAUACAGUGGGGAAGGCUGGCCUGCCCCAGGCUCAUUGGAACAGCCCGCCACGGACGGAGAAAAUCCACGAAUCAGUGGGGAGGAGAGGCCGAGGAGAAGCGGCGUAA